AUGGCAGCUUUAAAUGGUCAUCUUGAAGUAGUUCAGUUUCUCGUUGAUCAAGGAGCACUGGUUGAGAAGGGGGAUACUGAUGGUCGAACACCUCUUCACCAUGCAUCAUACAAUGGUCAUCUUGAUGUAGUUCAGUAUCUCGUCGGGCAAGGGGCACAUAUUGAGAGGGAGAAUAAGAAUGGUCAAACACCUCUUUGCUUGGCAUCACGCACUGGUCAUCUUGAAGUAGUUCAGUAUCUCGUUGGGCAAGGGGCACAGAUUGAUUCGCUUGAUAAGGUUAGUUGGACUCCUUUUCACUAUGCGUCAAGCAAUGGUCAUCUCGAUGUAGUUCAGUAUCUCGUUGGACAAGGAGCACAGAUUGAGAGGGAGAAUAAGAAUGGUCUAACACCACUUCACUGUGCAUCAAUCAAAGGACAUCUUAAAGUAGUUCAGUAUCUCGUUAGUCAAGGAGCAAACGUUGAGAGGAAUGGUAAUCUUAGUUUGACUCCUCUUUUCGAUGCGUCACGGAAUGGUCAUCUUGAUGUAGUUCAGUAUCUCGUUGGUCAAGGUGCACAGAUUGAGAGGGGGAAUAAAAAUGGUCAAACACCUCUUCACAAUGCAUCAAACCAUGGUCAUCUUGAUGUAGUUCAGUAUCUCGUUGGGCAAGGGGCACAGAUUGAGAGGGAGAAUAAGAAUAGUCAAACAUCUCUUCACUGUGCAUCAAACCAUGGUUAUCUUGAUGUCGUUCAGUAUCUCGUUGGCCAAGGGGCACUAAUUGAUAAGCUUGAUAAAAUAACGACGACACCUCUUCAACAUGCAUCAUCCUAUGGUCAUCUCAAUGUAGUUCAGUAUCUCGUUGGGCAAGGAGCACAGAUUGAUACGCUUGAUAAGGUUAGUUGGACUCCUCUUCACCAAGCGUCAAGCAAUGGUCAUCUCGAUGUAGUUCAGUAUCUCGUUGGGCAAGGAGCACAGAUUGAUACGCUUGAUAAGGUUAGUUGGACUCCUCUUCACCAAGCGUCAAUCAAUGGUCAUCUCGAUGUAGUUCAGUAUCUCGUUGGGCAAGGGGCACAGAUUGAUACGCUUGAUAAGGUUAGUUGGACUCCUCUUCACUUUGCGUCAAGCAAUGGUCAUCUCGAUGUAGUUCAGUAUCUCGUUGGUCAAAGAGCACAGAUUGAGGGGGAGAAUAAGAAUGGUCAAACACCACUUCACCUUGCAUCAAGCAAUGGUCAUCUCAAUGUAGUUCAGUAUCUCGUUGGACAAGAAGCACAGAUUGAUAAGUUUGAUAAUCUUAGUUUGACUCCUCUUUUGCAAGCAUCACGCAAUGGUCAUCUUGAUGUAGUUCAGUAUCUCGUUGGUCAAGGAGUAAAGGUUGAGAAGAAUGAUAAUGAUGGUCGAACAUCUCUCCACUAUGCAUCAUCCUAUGGUCAUCUCAAUGUAGUUCAGUAUCUCGUUGGGCAAGGAGCACAGAUUGAUACGCUUGAUAAGGUUAGUUGGACUCCUCUUCACUAUGCGUCAAGCAAUGGUCAUCUCAAUGUAGUUCAGUAUCUCGUUGGGCAAGGAGCACAGAUUGAUACGCUUGAUAAUCUUAGUUUGACUCCUCUUUUGCAAGCAUCACGCAAUGGUCAUCUUGAUGUAGUUCAGUAUCUCGUUUGUCAAGGAGUAAAGGUUGAGAAGAAUGAUAAUGAUGGUCGAACAUCUCUCCACUAUGCAUCAUCCUAUGGUCAUCUCAAUGUAGUUCAGUAUCUCGUUGGGCAAGGAGCACAGAUUGAUACGCUUGAUAAGGUUAGUUGGACUCCUCUUCACUAUGCGUCAAGCAAUGGUCAUCUCGAUGUAGUUCAGUUUCUCGUUGGGCAAGGAGCACAGACUGAGAGGGGGAAUAAGAAUGGUAGUACACCACUUCACUGUGCAUCAAUCAAAGGUCAUCGUGAAGUAGUUCAGUAUCUCGUUGGGCAAGGAGCACAGAUUGAGAGGGAGAAUAAGAAUGGUAGUACACCACUUCACUGUGCAUCAAUCACAGGUCAUCGUGAAGUAGUUCAGUAUCUUGUCGGACAAGGAGCACAGAUUGUGAAGAAUGAUAAUGAUGGUCGAACAUCUCUCCACUGUGCAUCAUACUUUGGUCAUCUUAAAGUAGUUCAGUAUCUCGUUGGGCAAGGAGCACAGAUUGAGAGGGAGAAUAAGAAUGGUAGAACACCACUUCACUGUGCAUCAAUCAGUGGUCAUCGUGAAGUAGUUCAGUAUCUUGUCGGACAAGGAGCACAGAUUGAUAAGUCCUACAAGAACUAG